GGAGGGGAGGGAGGGAGGGAAGGAAUCAGAUUGGCGCAGGCAGAUGAGACUGGAGAGAGAAGGGGGAGAGGUCAGAUCAGGCGACGACGAGGCAAGCGGCAGGAGAACUGGAGGAGGCGGCGGAUUAGGGAGUGGUUGGCGCGUCGCCGUCGCAAGCCAGUGAGAGCUGCCAGGGAGCACUCCUUUUUAAUCGCUGCGGCGCCCGCCGUCUGCUCCUGCCGGCCGCACUCAAGCGUGAGCGUGAGCGAGCUCUGGGCCGGACUGGAGCGAUCCUAUCAGAGGACACAGAUUAUCAGCUGAUUGUCCGUGACACGGCAAGAUGUCGCUGGCCAAGAAGGAAGAGGUUUGCAGUCACCGACUUGUACCGCAGUUGGAUGAGCCAGGGGUUGGUGUGCCUAUUAAGAAGAGGCCAGUUUUCCUGUCUGACAGAUCGGUUGCAUCUGGCAUACCACUCUCGAUAAAGCCCCCAUCUCCAACGAAGAUGAUGCCUGUUACUGCUCCAGGGACAGGCCGCCGCGAGGAACCAUUUUUCAACAUUGCUAACUUAGACACAAGUGUCAUCACCAAAGGUAAGGAAAUCCCUGACACCCAGAUCCAAGACCAUGCCAACACGUCGCUUACUGCGCUAUCCAUGACCAAUGGCAACGGAAUGCUAUUUAAUGGAUCAAGUGAGGUCCCUUCUAUUGCAGAUAGUGCUACAAGGACUUCUGCACCAGUUGCUGAAUUGCAACGUCCAAAUUUUUUGGCUCUGGAUUUACAGUUACCAUCUCGUCAAAGUGGCAAAAAUAAUAACUAUGGCUCUCUUGUGAAGAAAGAGAAACUGGACCAGAGUCUUUCUGAACACCACAAUAACGUUCCUAUUGCAAAUGAAAUCAAUGCUUCUGGGAAUAGUAUUGUUGGGAGACUACCUAACUUGGAUCUGAAUAUACUGCCAGACCCUGCUGAUUCACUUGAAAGUUUGCCUAAAAUGCAUGAAAGUGGGAGUGGGUUGUAUCAUCAUAGAACAAUUCAACAUCAGAAAGCUCAGGUGACCCCAGCGGCAGCUAUUUCUACAAUAAACAGUGGAAUAAGUCUAAAUAUUGGCAGUACUCUGAACAUGUCUAAUUCAUAUGGGCUUUCUCAUAAGUCUGGACCUGCUGAUGUUACCUUAGAUUUGCAACUUAAACCACCAGCAAGACCUGAGCUAGGGAUAAACUGGAAAGGACUUGCUCCUGCUCCAGAACUGAGUCUCUCUCUAUUUGGUAAGCCUAUGGAUGAGCCCAAGUCUCUUAGCACCCCUAAUGCUUUAUUUGAUUCUGGGACUGCUGGAAGUUCCAAAAAGGUCAGUGAGGAGGCUGCUGCUACACUUGUGUCAGAUAAGACACCAGUUGAGAAGAAUGUAACACCCGUGCCCUGCAAUGUAAAUCCUCAGAAUACUACAUCAGCAACUGUUUCUGGAAUUGAUCAGCUGCCAUCUAAUAAUUUGGUGAAGAAAGAACCUGAAGAAAUAUCCCAGCAGCAUAUUCUUGACGGUGCUGAAAAGGUAAAUCUAUCAGAACGACAAAGUGUUGGACUAGUUAUCAGUUGUGCUGAAUCUGAAAAGACCGACGGUGCACCCCAAGGUCCCCGUAAAACUGGGUUUGAUUUGAAUUCUGACAUCUCUACAAAUAAUAGUAUCCAUAAUGGGCCUGAUGUAGCAGCAGUUAGUGUCCCAAUACCAGCUGAAAGUUUACCUGAUACUUCCCACGCCAAGACCAUGCCUGCUGGUCCUGAAGUUGACAAAUGUGUGAAGCAUGAAGAAUCCGCAAGUGCUACCCCUAAUCUCCCUGUUGUAGAAACAGGAAGUGGUCAUACUACACUGUUGAUGGAAGCAAAAUCACUGCCUUCGCAAAGUAAUGUUGCCAGCCCUUCUGUUCGGUUAUGUGAAUCAUCCAGCCAGCCCACUGUUUCUACUGUUUGCAAACCACCAGCCAGCCAUAUUCAUGCUCAUGAGGAUACGAGACAGAGGUCUUGUGAUGCUAAUGAAUCUAGUGGUGCAUUACCAAGUUCCUCCACUCCUACAGUUGAACCUUUGCCUUUUAAUUCUGUGGAGAAUGCUAUUGUUGAUGGUAUGUCACAAGGGAGUGCUGAAAUGGACUGUUCAGAUGAUGAUGGUAAUGCUUUUUCACGAAUUCCAACUACAAAUAAGCCUCAUGGUGAGCCGUUGGGGAAUGGUCCCCCAAUCAGCAAGGAUGAUAUCAAUAGUAAUAACUUAAGCAAAGAGCUAAAGAAAGAACACGAUAGUGAUAUGCAUCAAGAUUGUUCAUCUAUGAAAAAUAAGGUUAAUAUUGAUCCUAUUGAAGGUGACAAGUGUAUUAAAACAAAAGUUGGUGUUGUCAGCCAUGCAGGUCAGCAGGGGCUUCGAAAUGAGGUUUUUGUUAGUGAAAACUCUAAAGGCAAGCAAUCUUUGAAUUCUGAUAAGAAUACCCCAGUAAAUAAUAUUGGCAAUAGCAUACAUGAUGCUAAGACAGCCACAGGUUCCAGUACCGCACAUCUCCAAAAGUCAACAGCUUUGCCAAAAUCUGCUUCCCCUAAAUUGCAACCUACCAAGCAAUCUCCUAAGACUUUAGAUAGCUGUCUCGAGAAGACUAGAAGGCCAGAUAUAAAAUCAGAGUUGUCUCCAAAUGGUAUGCAAGCUGGAAGUUGUAGUGAGAACCAUGCAAAAAUUGCUGCUUUGAAGAGAGAGCAUCAGACUAAAAGUGAAGAGGUCAAUAAACACUCUGAUUUGCACCCAAGAGACUCUGUCCUGGGUGAAGACUCAGAACUUGAUGGCGCUUCAAGCAGUCAACAGCAUAGUGAAUAUGGCAAGAAGUCAGCGUCUGAAAAGUCAGAACAUGACAAAUCCAAACCCGACUCUUGUAACACAUCUCUACAGAAUGAAAAAGAUGGACAACAUGUUGGGGCAAAUUGGAGAGAAAUGGGGCAUGUUUAUGUGAAUAGGAACGAAAGAUGGGAGAGAUUCAUGGAGUCUGAGCGAGAAAAGAACAAUGGAGAAGAAUGCCAUGGUGGCAGACAUGCAUCUGAUGUUAUGAACAAACGAAUGACAAACCACCGAGGUGGUUGGCGGGGUGCUGGAUCCCGUGGCCAUCUGAGGAACUUCCGAGGUCCAAGAAUUAGCAAUGAGUUUGCUGAUGAAUCUAUUGGUGGCAGGAGGCAUUCAUUUGAAGAUGAACCUGGGCACAUCCGAGGUCCACAUAGGAGGCGUCAUUCACCACCACAUGGAUGCCUCAUGAGAGAGAUGGACAUUGACGAUUUCUAUGGGAGAGAGAUUCCAGACUCUAGGCUGCUGGCCCGUGGGCAAAUAGAAGAUCUCCCAGAUGACAUGAUGGAUGAUAGGUUUUUUAUGCCACAUUCCCAUAGACACCGUGGUCAAGGUGAUCAUGGAUUCAUCCACAGAGACAGGAGUCAUUCCCCUGCACACAGAAGGGGUGGCCAUGUGCAUUUCCAUCGGGGACGAUCACCUGAAGUGAUGCACAGAUCACCGCCACUAAUGCGAACUGACAGACCAUACUUGCCUCACCGCCGGCACAACGGAAUCCAUGAUGAGAGAGAAGUUAUGCAGAGAAAUGUGAGGAGGUGUGCCAUGGAAGGUGAUGCCUUUGAGCCACCGCUACAUGCUGCUCACCUAACUGGACUCCAUACAGAAGAGGAACUUGUGGGUAGAAGGAAGCAUAGGGAGCGGAGAGCAUAUCUUCAUUCUCCGGUCAGUGAUGAAGACGAGAUGCUCUCCUACCACACAGAGGAUGACAUGGAAUUUGCUGAAGGAGGUGUUGGUCCACGGGAGCACGAUGGCCGCUUCAGGAACAGGAUAGGGCACAACAGGGCAAGAGGAGAACAAGAGGAUGGGUACAGGCAUCGUGGUGGUCAUCAAGGGUGGCGAGACAGUGACUCGAAUGACAGACCAAAAAGGAGGAGGUACUGACCUACUCACAGCAUGGCCGGCUAAUGAAGAUGACGUUGGCCUUUGGUUGGACUGACUGAGGGCAUCUGCCGCAGAUCUCAGCUAAACCCAACAACCCUUUUUGCCAGCGUCUUCCAUUCCAUAUAUUGGUUUGUUUGUUGCAUUAUUUUCUCAGGAGAACAUGGUGCUGCAGUGUGAUACUCCCAGUCACCUGAAGCGUCUAAAGCAUAGUCCUCUUCAAAGUAGCCCUGGAUCCUCCUCCUUUUACAAGCUGAGCUGCUAGUACAUGUGGAUGAUGAAGGUGGAGACACUGAAAUUUGAGGCCAAGCUCAGUGAAAUAAGACUCCACCGGCAUGUGCUAUUUUUGCCUGGCUGCAACUGAGCAAGGAGUCGAACCUGUUUGGGCAAAAAGCUACACAAUACUUUUACAUGCAUGCAUGGGUGCUGGUGGGACCUUGUAUUAAAGACCGACUUGUCUCUAUAAUUUGGUUUUGAGUUGAUGAGAGUACAGGUACAGCUGCUGUGGGACCGUACCCUUGUGGUCCGGUCUACGUCGUUGCUGUCUGGUUGGAUUGGCUGGCCCGGCACUCCAUGGGUGUACAGCUAGCGGGAUAAUAUGCACCGAAUAAAGAUGUGUGUUGACUGUUAGAGUCUUGUUUUGGCACACCGUCCCUUUGGGGGCCUAGUCGUGCAGUGGAAAAGGUGAGCCGGGCGUCAAGGCGACAACGCCACUUCGGUGAAAUUUCACAUGAUCUAUGGGGGCUUACUACAACUGUGCUGGGCGUGGAACUGGAAGGAGCUGCGAAGCAGCUGCUGCGUGCUCCAGGGAAUCGUUGUGUAUUGGUGCUUGGCUCGUUGACGAGCUUUGGCUGGUCUAGUCCUGCUUGACAGCUCGAGUGAUUUGGCAUCUUCAUAAUUCUCA